CGACGAUCGAAGGUGUCGUAAGGACUUUCGAAGGAGCAAGAACCUAGUCAACGUGUUGCGUGGUCACCAGGAUCCUUUUAGCGCAACCAGAGGAUUGUACACGACACAUUGACCGAGAACAUAUGAAUCGAGCUUCAGCCAUUUUCCCCAUUGUUCUUAUUGUGGCAACUACAGUCUCCGAGCAUUCCCCGAACAAUUGGCAUUGUGGGAACGACAAUAGUGGGUGACUGGCCACUGUUCCUAUUGUUCACGCUGCUGUUGUCGAGGUUGCGACAUGGCCGCCAUGACUCGGGUCACCUCGGGCGCCUUCCUCUCAGACCCAAGACAUCGUCGAAUCACUCGCGGACAAGUGCAAGCCUUUCAGCAAAUUUUCCCAUUUCUUCACUUGCCUGGCGAACUUCGCAAUGAGGUUUACAAACAUGCUUUUGGUGAUUUCGAGGGAGUGGGCAAGGUCUUCGGGUCUGCAUACGAGUCGCUGAUAACUCGAGAGCCGAUUGAGAAGCCUGAGCCAUAUCAACCACCAGCGAAAGUCACGCCAACAAUCCUCCUGAUCAACAAGCAGAUCUAUUGCGAGUCAGUAUAUUUCCUGCAGCACAAGAGCAUCACCUUCGACCACGGUCUCCUCCAUGUCAUUGAUGUCUCUUCAGUCAUCAGUCCCCAUGUCCUUCGCAACCUCUCCUCUAUCACGAUCAACGAUACAGCACACCCGAUCAUGAAGGAUGAGAUCCAAUGUGCAUCCUGGCACGGUUACAACCGGCUCCUCAAGCAAUUGACCAACAUCCUCAAAGACGGUCAUCGGCUCAAGCAAUUCACCAUCGACUUCACUGAUCCCGACUUGGUUCAUCACGUCAAAGCUUGCCCGUGGCAUUCUGGAUCCAAUUGCGACUUUGCAAAGCAUCUCGCGAAGGAGAUGAGCCGCAUGUCCCAAAUUCGAGGCGUAGAUACUGUCACUCUCCGUGGUCUGAAUCCGCAAUUGUCAGCAAAGCUCAAGAAGCGCAUGGAGUCUCGAAAGGUGACUUUCUUCGACCUUCCUGACAAUGUCCGCACGAUAAUUUACAGCCACGCUGCAGACUGGAACGAUGCUUCUCGCGCCUUCCAACGUGCUCUGACAGGCUGGCGCGAUGCCAACAAAGCAGUCCACACUUCUCGCCGUACGACACCUACAAUUCUGCUCCUUAGUCGCCAGAUCACCUCUGACACGCUCAAGAUCCUCCACGAGAAGCCCUUGGCCGUCACCAUUCCCAACGAUUGGCGCUUCUCCAUUUCAGGUCUCACACCCUUCGACCUUCUCACCUCUUGUAUCACAACCUCAACCCUCCGCACUGUGAGAAACCUCCACAUCGCCAUCGAACACUGGGGCCCUCUGAUCGCCAGCGACGGCGACUUCCUCACUCCCUUCGCCCAUCCAUCCUCCAAACUUCGGACUCUCCGCAUGAACUUCAUCGACCGCUUCGUUCCCCGCAUGAAGCACAGCGUCGCAGACGCCCAUCGCUUCCAUCUUUCGCCUUUCGCGACCGUUCGUGGCCUCGAGGAGGUCAUCAUCGAAGGUGAUAUCCCGCUCGUCAUUGCCGAUCAGAUCGGUCGUGUCAUGACUUCGCUGCCGACCGCAGGCGAGGAACUCCCGCGUGCGUUCUGGCCAGCGGCAUCGGUGGGACCCCAGUGCUCGGUGGUGGUUUGAUCAGUUGCGAAGUAUUGCUUCCUCCUGGUCGAGUUGAGACCGAGCUGUCUUGCCAUCUGUUCGCGCUUUCGCCAUAUUUCUGCGCCAUUUUGAUAUUUGGUUCGUGGUCUUUCUGAUGAGGAACAGUGGAGAGCACGGAUCCAUGUUCUCUUUUUUGCGAUAGUUUCUGUUCGCUAUUUAUGAGACGAUGAAGAUGACUAUGAUUU